AAAGGACCUGAAGAACUGAUCGUUUCUUUUCCCAUUGAGAAUAGAAUCUAGUGUGAUGGAAGUAUUGCAGUCGAUACUUCAGCUUUUAAUACUGUCGGGUUGCUGGCGACCUCCUUCCUGGACUUCGCCUUUCAAAAAAUUCCUGUAUGUUAUUUAUACUAUGUUUUUGUUUCUACUUCUGUACUCUGCGACUUUCCUCGAAUUUCUGGACUUGAUAUUAAACGUGGAAAACCAGGACGAAUUGAGUGAUAAUAUCCAUGUACUGUUGUCGAUGUUGGGCGCAUGUUAUAAGAUGUACAGUAUGCUAACGCACCAUAAAAAUAUUGCUAUUUUGACUAAUAUCUUAGAGAAGAAGCCUUUUCAGCCGGAAAACGAAGAAGAGAUUCAGAUUCGAAAGUCAUGCGAUAAGACAGCUCAACAACAAGCAAUCCUUUACAUAAUUAUGGUCGAAUUGACAGUGAUAUUCAAUUCGGGCGGUGGACUUUUAAAAGAUGGUGAAAAGUUGCCCUAUAGAAUGUGGUUACCUUACAAUUAUCUUCCUCCGUUGCAUCUUUCGUCGCCGCAUCAAUAA